GUAACUGGCUGGCAAUAGGGAGCUUCUCCGCAAGCUUCGGCAUCGCAGGUUACGAUGACGAAUCGCCUUCGGCAGCCCCAGGUGCAUGCAUAUACAGUAUAAAAACACAGCGCUCGAGGCCAUCUGCCGCUCAAGUCUCCAACGCCCUCCAUCGAUCUAGCACAGCAACCACCACUCAGUACUCAGAUGUCUUUCCCCACCCGCAAGAUCGGCACGGACGACGUGUCUGCGAUCGGCUUCGGCGCCAUGGGCAUCUCCAUUGGCUAUGGCUCCAUCGAGUCCGACGAGGAGCGGUUCAAGGUCCUCGACGCCGCGCACGAGAGCGGAUGUACGUUCUGGGAUACGGCCAAUGUCUACGGCGACAGCGAAGAUCUGAUUGGCAAAUGGUUCAAGCGCACAGGAAAACGCGACGAUAUUUUCCUAGCGACCAAGUUCGGCAUCACGGCCAACGGCGUCGACGGCUCCCCCGAGGCCUGCCAAGCCAACUUCCAGCGCUCGCUCGAACGCCUUGGAGUCGACAAGGUCGACCUCUUCUACCUCCACAGACCCGACGUCAAUGUGCCCAUCGAAGAGACGGUGGGCGCGAUGGCCACGCUGGUUCGGGCCGGCAAAGUCAAGUACCUCGGCCUGUCCGAGUGCAGCGCCGAUACGCUGCGCCGCGCGCACAGGGUGCACCCGAUCGCGGCGCUCCAGGUCGAGUACUCGCCGUUCACGCUCGACAUCGAGGGCGAGCUGAGGCUGCUCGAGACCGCGCGCGAGCUCGGCGUGAAGAUCAUCGCUUAUUCGCCUCUUGGGCGCGGGUUGAUCACGGGCCAAUACAAAUCUCCCGAUGAUUUCGAGGAGAACGACUUCCGCCGGAUCGUGCCCAGAUACUCGAGGGAGAACUUCCCCAACAUCCUCAAGCUCGCCGACUUCCUGAAGCUGGUCGGCGAGUCCUACAACGCCACCGCGGGGCAGGUCGCGUUGGCGUGGUUGUUGGCGCAGGGCGACGACGUCAUUCCGAUCCCGGGGACCAAGAAGAUAAAAUAUCUACGAGAGAACCUGGGCGCUGUGAAUGUCAAGCUCAGCGCUGAGUCCGUCCAGGAGGUCAGGAAGCUUGCCGAGACGGCUGACUGGGCGCAGGGUACCCGGUAUCCCGAGGCGAUGAUGCGGUCAAUGUACGCUGAGACGCCAGAGUUGAAGUGAAUUCGGCUGCACUGUACAUCGUCGUUUUUGAAAACUCAGGCAAGACGUUUACUGUACGCGAAAGCGCGAAAAAGCCUCGCAAGUUUGCAUAUCCCUAAGCCCCAUUCAACAACUUAGUUCAAAGGCAAGUUUGCC